CGUCAAACUCUAGCAGCGAAUCCCCGGUCUGUUCGCUCCUCCUCCUGCUCUCAAAACUCAUCCAGAGGCUCAGAGCUCUGAGCGGCAAAAUCAAUAAAGUCCCCAGCUAACCAGGCUUUUUGCCCCGCGGGGCCACGGAGGCGGGUGGAGCGGCGGCGUGGAAAGUGAAGUCUGAGAGAGGAGAGAGUUUAUUCAGUCGCGCACAGAGAGCACAAGCGCACCGAUCCUCCCUGCACUCCGAGACGAUCCGCUCAUGGCUUCAGAAACAGAGCUGAGCUUCAGCGAGGACCAGCAGCUGGCGGAGGUGAUGCGUCUGAGGGUGCAGUCGCUGCAGCAGAAGGGUCAGAAGCGGCAGGACGGAGAGCGGCUUCUGCUGCCGCACGAGUCCGUCUACCGGCUGGACUUCAGCGACCAGGACCUGAGCUUCCUCCGCUGGAACGUCAGCCUGCGAGGAACCGGACGCUUCACCGUCACCGGCAUCUGCCAGCUCUGGACGCCCGAUCUGACCAACCUGAUGACCAGGCAGCUGCUGGAGCCUAUCGGCCAGUUCUGGAGGAACGCCGGGGAUCCCGAGGACUCGCCCAUCAAGUGUCUGGAGGCGGAUAUCCAGGAGUUCGGAGAGAGGAUCGCGGAGCUGGCCAAGGUGCGGAAAGUCAUGUACUUUCUGUUCGCUUUCAAGGAGGGAGCGACCAAAGAGAAAAUCUCCUGCUCUUUGACCUUCAACAAAAACAAUUAAGAGAUCCAAUCCCUCCAUGCAUCGCAUCCUAAAACCCCAGACAGGUUAGAUGCUCUCUGUGCUGG